CCCAUAGAACCACAGAUUGGCCGGAAUUUUAUUAGGCGUCUACAGACAACAGGUAGAAUGCCAAAACACAUACUAUAAAGGACUAAUGCUCUGGCAUCUCGAGAGAGGUUGCUUCAUGGUCUGAUCAGGAACGAGCAUGUAAUAUGAGUUCCAUGUGCAACAAGCCAUAUCCUCUUCCAGAUAUCAAGACGUUUUGUGAGGUUUCUACGAGAGACAGCGGUGUCCCUUGCGGUGAGGUAGGUCUCAAACUCGCCGACUUGGACAUCCCAGAUCUCUUUCUCAACGACCCCAGCCAACACCAAGAUACUUUAACUAACAAUGAACUGCGCAUGCCCAGUGAAGAUGAACGCGCGUCCCACAUGGAAUCUUUUCCAUGCUUCAACCUGACUAAGCCCAACCAAUGCGAGAGUCAGAGGGACAACAUUGUAAAUCUAUCGUUGAGUGAUAUCAUACAAAAAGAACAGCCUGACCAGAUCCUUGAUGGCUUAGGGGCCUUUCCAGGAAUAGGCUGGCCAGGAAAUAAUGGUUUCCAAAACGAUGACCCGCUACCGCUUUUAACGAAGCCUGUCCUAGAUCCAGCCAUUGUCGAGCGCUCCCAAGUGUUCAUGCCAGAUAGAACAUGUACCGAUGACUAUAUCACGCAAUCUCCUUCGCCGAGUAACGCAAGCGACACAGGGAGUGAUGCGAGUUGUCGAGGGAGAAGUUUAUUCUGGUCGUUUGAAUCAAUUACCAACGAGCCUUGCAGUCCAAAGUCGCUGAUCAAUUUGAGUCCAAGAUCCCAAAACUCGCAAAGCAACGACUCCACAGAUUCAACGAGUCCUAAAGAGUCCGAAGCUGAAGACAUUUCCAGCAAUGCAAAGACAAAGCUCUCAAUGCGCAAGAACACAGUCUCAAACAAAGAUAAAGAUGAAAGCUACUGGAAACGACGGAUCCGCAAUAACAAGUCCGCUAAAAAAUCACGUGACGCUAAGCGCGCCAAGGAAGAAUUUGUCGCAUGGCGAAUCAGGUACCUGGAAGAGGAGAAUGUUUGCCUGAAAAUGUGCGUCCAAAGACUGAUGCUUGAACGAAACAUCAAGUAGCGCACCCUAGAGUUAACUAUUUUGUACAAAUUGAACUUGUUUUGUGACAGGUUUAGAUUAAAUACAAUUUUGAAUUCUUUAUUAAAAAGGAAUUCAAUUAAAAUAUUUUUUUCCUUUUACUUAAUGAAUUUAAAGUCGAAUACGCGGGAUGACUUAUUAGGUGCCUACGGGCUGAAUCACCCUGAAUUUUCAGCUAUAUUGUUGUUGUUUUCCGGUGAUUGACUAUUAAGUGUUUAAGUGUCGUAUUUAUAGGUUAGCAAUAUCUUUGUUGUCGCCGGGUGUAAUAAAAAAAUAAUUAAAAUAGAUAAAUAGGCCUCCAUUUUCAAACAAAUUAAUAGAAAAUCUGACAGCUAAUAGGCGUCAGUCUUAAUAGACACAUUAAACCAAAUAAAGUUAAAGCUCCUGCUUUAAAA